GGGUAAGGCUAUGUGGUCCUUAGACAGUCAGUCAGUCAGUCAAGUGGGUAGGUCUAAGUGGUGAGGAGUGGGACAGCUUUGUCGUGCACCAGGCACCAUGGAUGACUACCCUAUGUACGAUCUGCUCGUGGGGUUCUCCCUCUGGGGGACCCUCUGGCGUCUCGUCUUUCCAUUGGGGUUUUGGAACACCUUUACGUGUAGAGUAGAGACCAGGGGUCGUGUUAGCACCACUCCUUACACGAAGGCGCAUGAGGAGGAGGCUGCGAGGAUCUUGGCCGAGCAAAAGGCCAAAAAGGAGAAGAAGGAGGUUGUGAAACAGGCCAAAAAGUUGGCCUUACUGGAGGAGCAGGCCGCGAAAAGGAAGUUGGAGGAGGAGUUGGAAAGGGUUAAGAAGGAAGAGGAAGAAAAGUUGAAAGCGGUGGAGGAAGAAGAAGAAGAGGAGAAAAAGACAGAAGAGGAAGUCCCCCUCCUCAGGAAGAUCAUAAGAGACAGAGGGGAGUCCAAUGGCACGAAGAAGGAGGAGGACCCAUGGUUGGAAAAGAAGGUGUUUGAGUGGGUCGCUAAUCUAUCUCUGGGAGAGGACGAGGAGGCAAUGAUGUAUGUACCAAGGGGAGAACAGGAGGCGGUAGUGAAAGAGUGGGAAGCCGAAGAGGACCCCUUAAAACGCCAGAAUAUAGAAGAGGAGAAGAAGUUGGAGUGGAAGCUGCGAUUGACCAGGGAGAAGAAAAAGAGAAUGAAGGAGCCCAGCAAAGCAGCGAAAGAAUUGAAGGCAGUGAAGCAGUUAAGGACGCAGAUGGAAGCGCAGGCAGACCUGCAGGGAAGAUGGAUGUGAUGGCUAGGAAUGUAGAACUCCUAGCUAGGGCCCAAGAAGAGCAAUAUCAGUUUGCAUGGGGCCAAGA